AUGUGGCCCCUGCCGGCCGUGCCGCUGCUGAUCAACCUGCUGGGCUCGCUGGUGGGCCUGGUGGCGACGGUGACGCUCAUCCCCGCCUUCAGGGAGCACUUCGUGGCCGCCCGGCUGUGCGGCCUCGACCUCAACAAGGCCUCCCGGCAGCCCGUCCCGGAAUCCCAAGGGGUCAUCAGCGGCGCAGUGUUCCUGAUCAUUCUCUUCUGCUUCAUCCCGGUGCCCUUCCUGGGCUGCUUUGUGGAAGAGCAGUGCAAGGCCUUCCCGCACCAUGAGUUCGUGGCACUCAUCGGUUCUCUCCUGGCCAUCUGCUGCAUGAUCUUCUUGGGCUUUGCGGACGAUGUGCUCAACUUGCGCUGGCGACACAAGCUCCUCCUGCCCACCAUGGCCUCCUUGCCCCUGCUCAUGGUCUACUUCACCAAUUUUGGGAAUACCACCAUCGUGGUGCCCAAGCCAUUCCGGGUGUUGCUGGGCAUGCACCUAGACCUGGGCAUCCUGUAUUACGUGUACAUGGGCAUGCUGGCCGUAUUCUGCACCAAUGCCAUCAACAUUCUUGCUGGGAUAAACGGACUGGAGGCCGGGCAGUCGCUGGUGAUCGCUGCAUCCAUCAUCACUUUCAACAUCAUAGAAUUAAACGGGGACUACAGAGAUGACCACACUUUCUCUCUCUACUUUAUGAUUCCCUUUUUCUUUACCACAUUGGGGCUGCUAUAUCACAACUGGUACCCGUCCCGGGUGUUUGUGGGGGACACCUUCUGUUAUUUUGCUGGCAUGACCUUCGCUGUGGUGGGCAUCCUCGGGCAUUUCAGCAAGACCAUGCUGCUCUUCUUCAUCCCACAAGUGCUGAACUUCCUCUACUCCCUGCCUCAGCUCUUCCACGUCAUCCCCUGCCCACGCCACCGGGUGCCCAGAUUCAACCGGGAGACAGGCAAGCUAGAGAUGAGCUACUCCAGAUUCAAGCCCAAGAGUCUCUCUCCCUUGGGAGCCUCCAUCCUCAAGGUGUCUGAGCAUCUCCGCAUUGUCAAUGUACAUAAGGGUGUGGACAAAGACGGCGAAUAUGUGGAGUGCAGUAACAUGACUCUCAUUAACUUGGUGAUAAAGCUGAUCGGACCAACCCCUGAGAGAACCCUGACUAUUUUGCUGCUGCUGAUCCAGGUUGCCGGGAGCAUCGUUGCUUUUUCUAUCCGCUACCAGCUGGUGCGGCUCUUUUACGACAUCUGAGCCAUUCCCAUCCUCCU